AUGGUGGUGCUUCUCCCCUGGCUGUCCAUGAUUCUAUGGCUAGAAAAUGCCCAAGCUCAACUUGAAGAUGAAGGCAACUUCUACUCUGAAAACGUCAGUCGGAUUCUUGACAACUUGCUGGAAGGCUAUGACAAUCGUCUACGACCAGGAUUUGGAGGUGCUGUCACAGAAGUCAAGACAGACAUCUAUGUGACCAGCUUUGGGCCUGUGUCAGACGUGGAGAUGGAGUAUACAAUGGAUGUUUUCUUCCGCCAGACUUGGACUGAUGAGAGACUGAAGUUUAGGGGUCCCGCUGAGAUUCUGAGCUUAAAUAACUUGAUGGUUAGUAAGAUCUGGACUCCUGACACUUUUUUUAGAAAUGGGAAAAAGUCAAUUGCUCACAACAUGACCACCCCUAACAAGCUCUUCCGAUUAAUGCAGAACGGAACAAUUCUGUACACCAUGAGACUUACCAUCAAUGCCGAUUGUCCCAUGAGGUUGGUUAACUUCCCUAUGGAUGGGCACGCUUGUCCACUCAAGUUUGGGAGCUAUGCUUACCCUAAAAGUGAAAUCAUAUAUACAUGGAAAAAAGGACCACUUUACUCAGUAGAAGUCCCAGAGGAAUCUUCCAGCCUCCUCCAGUACGAUUUGAUUGGGCAAACAGUUUCUAGCGAGACAAUUAAAUCUAACACAGGUGAAUAUGUAAUAAUGACAGUCUAUUUUCACUUACAAAGGAAGAUGGGCUACUUCAUGAUCCAGAUAUACACUCCAUGCAUUAUGACAGUCAUUCUUUCUCAGGUGUCUUUCUGGAUUAAUAAGGAGUCGGUUCCAGCAAGAACUGUCUUUGGAAUCACCACUGUUUUAACCAUGACCACCUUAAGCAUCAGUGCCCGGCACUCCCUGCCCAAAGUGUCCUAUGCAACUGCCAUGGAUUGGUUCAUAGCCGUGUGCUUUGCUUUUGUCUUUUCGGCUCUCAUUGAGUUCGCCGCUGUCAACUACUUCACCAAUCUCCAGUCACAGAAGGCUGAAAGGAAGGCACAGACUGCGGCCCCGCCCCCUGUGGCAAUAUCAAAAGCCACGGAACCACGGGAAGCUGAGAUUGUUGUGGUAAUUGUUCCCUCUUCUGUUGUUACCCAGCAGAUAGAGAAAGCAAGCUCAAUCAGGGGCAACAUACAUACAAAUAAGCAGUCCGAAACAGGAUUUUUUGAGCAUAAAUUAUAUAACUAA